AAAAAGGGCCUGGUUUUGGUGUAACAUGUAGCCACUUUGCCAGAGAGGAUUGUGGAGCCAUCGUCAUGCUUUCAUCGCUGCUUCCUUGUGCCAGAUUGCUCCUCGUAGGGUUCACAGCUAAAGGUCUGUGUCCGCCGAGCUCUUGGCCAGUGGAAAGGAGUUCUUGAAGGGAUGAAGUGGCGUCUCCAAAAUGGCCCCGCUGUCACCCGAUUUAGGACAAGAUGGCGCUCGGGUCACGCAGGUACCCGCCGCUCCUGCAGUAGAUCUGCCGAGACUGUGUCUUGCAUGUGCAUGUGCAUGCAGAAUUACUCCCGUAUGGCUGAUGGAUCAUGCAAUGAGCGCGUCAAGAUAUGCACACAAAAGAAGUGCAUGCUCAGUGUUCAGCGUGAUGCUGCCCGAGAGGGUGACUUGCUUUGGCCCGCCAAGCUUCGCUCAGAAGCACCAGCGCCAGCGUCGCACGGACGGUUGUACCCAAAAAGCGACAAGCAGACGCCCAGCUCGCCAAACUUUCGGGUACGGCUUGAGACAUACUGUACAGUACGCCACAGCUCGUGAACGGGGCCAACCGCGCGUCACGUUCUCACUUGACAGGGAGCGAAAAGCUUGCAAAAUUCUCCGGUUCUUUAGUGAUGGGGUCAGUCUCGCCGACAACGGAUUGUUCUGCGGAACCCUAGGUGUGUCAACCAAACACCGAUCUCCACACGGAGGACGCGCUGGUCUGUUCUCACCUCACGUUACUGUUCGCCGCAACGUUGGGCGCCAGACAGCUCAUGGCGUGAACCAAGAAUUCACCAUCUGCGCCUUCGCUCUAGAAACUUCCGACUAUUGCGGUCGCCCACCAGUCCGCCUUCGCCUUCCGUCAUCAAAUGACAUUACUACAGGCAGUGCUAAGGUGCCGAGACCCGUUCAUCGAUCUCUACGUUGGCGGGAGAUGGUAUCUGUACCCACCUCCACCAAGCUGCAUGCAUUGCGGCAUGCAAAUGCCAUAAUGUAUAAUGUUUUCGAAGCCGUCUCGCAUGACACUAUGACAAAACCCACAGAAACUGCACUCUUGACAAGCUACGCGACAGUCCCGCAUAUCAGCCUCGACCGGUCUCUCGGCAUGCCGACUCCCAGGGUUCCGGCAACUCGGCGAUACUCAGUGCUCCGUCUGGCUUAUAGGCCAGUGUCGAUCCAUAUAUGUCACGACACGCUUCUUGGUUAUUCCUAG